CAUAUUGGCUGGCUUUUAUGAAGAGUGGAGUUGGACGAGGCGCUUGUAAAAACCAAACCAGUUUCUGGACAUGAAGCAUUUCGAUGAUAACCAGUAAAUCAACGCGGUAGGAUUUAUCGGUUUCCAUAAGUGCAAAGUGUUUAAUUUGCCAAAUUGCAAGCCAUUUUCCCGUGAAGAGGCUCUCGACUAACUCGACUCCAAUGGAUCCUAGGACCGCUUGGAUCCAGCCGGAGCAGAAGGGACCUGACAAUUCCCCGAUGCACAUUUGGGAAACCUCUCAGGGAUUUGGAGCGAACUCCAACAUCGUCAACCACCUUCACCACCAACGCAACUUUGCAGCGCAAAUUGCAAACUCCACGCAGUCAAACGGCGAGUAUUGCAAAAAUGUAACGUUAGCACUGCCGCCGGGGUGUGUGUUUGGAAAAAUGCCGAAGCGAGACGGCGGCGGAGAGAGGGGAAAUGUCCGAAGGAAGGGCUCCUUGUCACCGUCCUCUUCCUCUCUGGACUCGGAGGCCGAGAGCUCCUCGCCCUCCGGCUCCUCUCUGCAAAUCGAUAAUUUGAACGUCGCAGAAGAUGCCAACCGGUUUUUACACUACGGCGAUCACGAGUUGAACGAGAACAAUCUCAAACGGCAACACCCCUCUCCGCCUUUUCACACUGUUCAGCAACACUGUCGCAGCAUGCAACAAUCGGGCGGCCACACCCCCACUGGCAUGAAAAAUCAGCAUGUGAACAAGCAGCAGCACUUCCACCACCAUCGGUCCCAUUCAUCCGGACGCAGGAGGCAUCUGAACAGAGCCAACACGUUCCACGGCAUCAACCCGCUCCUGUCCCACGGCAGUAAUGGACACCAUGUAGACUCUUCUUGUAGUCUGUGGAAAACCAGGCGGUACAGCCCGGGUUUUAACGGUCUUCAUGAAGAAAUCAUGGACUUUUUCAACUUCAUGUCACCACGACCAGAGGAGGAGGCCAUGAGAAGAGACGUCGUGAACAGAAUAGAAAGUGUCAUCAAGGACUUGUGGCCCACAGCACGGGUGGAGAUAUUUGGCAGCUUCAGCACAGGACUUUAUCUUCCAACAAGUGACAUUGACCUGGUGGUGUUUGGAAAGUGGGACCAUCCCCCACUGCAAGAACUAGAACAAGCCCUGAAGAAACGCAAUGUGGCUGGCCCUUAUCCCAUCAAGGUCCUGGACAAAGCUACAGUGCCGAUCAUCAAGCUUACGGACCAUGAAACCGAGGUGAAAGUGGACAUCAGCUUCAAUGUAGAGACUGCUGUUAAAGCGGCACAGUUCAUCAAAAGCUAUCUUAAGAAGUAUACUGUUCUGCCGCCUCUGAUCUUCGUCCUGAAGCAGUUCCUACUGCAGAGAGACCUGAAUGAAGUCUUCACUGGAGGCAUCAGCUCUUACAGCCUUAUACUAAUGGCCAUCAGCUUCCUGCAGUUACACCCUCGAAUCGACACACGACGUGCCAACAUCAACCUGGGCAUCCUGCUGAUCGAGUUCUUUGGGCUGUAUGGCCGCAAUUUCAACUACAUGAAGUAUGGCAUCAGGGUGAAGAAUGGAGGGGCUUACCUGUCCAAGGAGGAAAUGCUGAAAGGCGUGGGGAGUGGAAACAGGCCAUCCAUGCUCUGCAUGGAAGACCCAAUACAGCCAGGAAACGACGUGGGCAGGAGUUCAUAUGGCAUCCUGCAAGUUAAGCAGGUGUUUGACUUUGCCUUCAUGGUGCUGAGUCAUGGAGUGUCUCACCAUGCACGUGCUUACCCCAACAAAGAGUAUGACAGUACUUUAGGACGCAUCCUCAAAGUCAGCCCAGAGGUGUUGGCCUACAGGGACUGGACAAUUAAGAAGUGGGGAUCCAAGGUGGAGAGCCAUGACGUAGAGACCUGUGAGCGGGACCUUGCCAGGCUGAUGCUGGUUUCUAUGGAGGAUCAGAGAGACACGUCCUCUCCCCUCAGUGCUGACUCUCCCUCACCUUCUCCAGUCUUCCUCCCCAGCCCUCAACACCACUCAUCAUCGUCCUCUGCGUGCUCGCUCUCCUCCUCCUCCGGAAGUGACAUAGAGUCUGAUUCUCCGCCGAGCAGUAAUACUGCUAUCCAGCUCCACCCCCUCACCCUGGCCUCGGUCCAUUCAGUAAUCCAGAUGGCUACUGACCUGAGGGCCACACAUCCAGCGGGCUUUAUCCACACCACACCUCAGAUCCAGAUGUCUCUCCCUGAAAACUUAACCAUCCCCUCGUUCUCUGAUUGCCAGUUCUACCAUGAGAAUCCACCUUCAAUCAGCGUUGUGCACUGUCACAUGUCACAAGCUGCACACAUGUCCCAGCACGCUAACUCCACAAGCCCCCUCCACCAGCUUCACCACCCACAGAUGGGAGGGCAGCAUAGCCACACUUACACCAUGAUAUCCAAUUCCCAUGGCUCACUUGAGCCGCACAAAGUUGGCUUCAAGCACAACCACGGUGGCAGCCUCCGAGGUCAAAAUCACUCUCAAGGUACCUUCAGUCCCCCGCAGCGGUUUGUUCCCCAGAGUCCUAACGCAGCACCGGCUUUCAGGAACCAGCAGCUGUACAACCGCAACACCUGGCGCCGCAGGAAGAGGGACAGUCUUCCUGCUCUUAACCAGAGCAGAUGAAAUGCAUGCAGGACUUGACUGGCAUUGGUUUUUGAAGGCCUCACUUAGCCCAUAGCGGGUCUUGGUGUUGAGGAACUGUGAAGAAUUCCUGGUACACCUGUGUUUUGUGGGACGCUCUCAAAAACUCAACUACUUUAUGUCAAGGAAUUCACGAGUCAAUUGAAGUUGACUCCAAAGGUUUCGAAUGAUUGAUCCCUGCUAGCAUUGCAAGCACUUGGUAAGGCUACAAGGCUCUUGCAGAUGAGGGAAGACUAAAAGUCUUAACUGUGCUCAUUUUGUUUCAUCGGUCCGAUGAUAGUCAGAGGCCCUUCCUUGAAAUUUGAUGCACACCAGCACAGACUUUGAGUUGAUCCAGGAAUGAAUGAUUCCCUGACUGUCUGCUCACCAGUGUCCCUUUCCAGGAGCUAAAGACUCUGGCUGGUUGGCUGAAGAGUUCGGUCAAGUAAAAGUUUUCAUGCAACUUCAUGUGCCAUAGUACUGAACUGGUUUGGUUCUCCUGAAGUUUUGACUCUCACUGGGCCUUUUUGAUCAGGUUUGGAGCGCGUCUGGUCUUCUGAAUGCAACGCCUUCGCAACUAUGCUCUUGAUUCUGAGCUCUUACAGCUUGGACUAUCAUCUACGAAUUGUACUUUGGACCGAAGCAAAGCACUACCUUUCUACCUAUGCAGCGCAACGCUGACUUGAUGUUUUUGAUGUGACGGCACAAAACGGACCUUGUCCAAAAGUCUUAAACUGUGAUGACUUGUUUGAAUGUACCAAGUUUUUCUUUUUUGUGUGUUGGUCAUUUGUUUCCUUGUCACUGAGGGCUUUUGUUUUUCUUCACAUUGGCACUACAUGUUUUGUUUUUGUUUGGUAAACAUUGCCACCUUUUUGUUUGUUGCGUUCAUGUGCAAUAAUUGCUUUUAUUUAAUUUAUUUCACAUUUUAGUUAUAUUUUAGGGGUUCUCCCCACUAUAGGUUUGCUUUUUUUUUUAUUUUAUUUAGACAUUGACCUGUGCAAUAGUGUGUGUGUGUGUGUGUCCUGAGAAAUGUGCCAAAUAUGACAUGAUUUACCAUUGUAUUAUGAUCACUUGAAAUUUUUCCAACUGCCUGUCCAAAUGAUUUCCACCACUACUCUUUAUCACUUUUAGCAGUAGUUUGACUUUUAUUUUGGUGUAUUUCCUAGGCUGUACUGGAGAAAUGAAUCGUUUUUAGCAGUGUUUACUCAUGUCAUUUCAAAAAUAGUUGGUGCUACUUAUUACCAGCAAAGUGCUUUUUUCUGCCUUAUGUCUCCUUUUGAUUCUGUUAAAGCAACAGGUUAACUGCCUUCUUAAAUGACCAAAUUUGCCCUUUUUUCUGUAUGUAGUCAGCUUUCUGUAUUACCUAUUGUUUCUAUAAGCAAUGCCAGGUUUUCUUGGCUUUUAUUUUUACACACUGCUUCUAGGUGUGUGCUCCAGGAGGAGACUCCUACUGCAGUCAAUGAUUGUUAACAUUAACAUGUCACUUUUUUUUUUUUUUUUUUAAACUUCAAAGUUCAUAAUUUUAAAGGCAAGAGGGCCUUAUAUUUCAGAGAUUUUCCUCUCCCAUAUAUUUAAAGUCAGCAUUUGUACAUCUUGUGAGACAAGGUUUCAAAGCUAAUUUACACAGCAAUCCAUAAGUGGACUUGAGCUUGGGAUGUCACAGUUUUACCAUUGCUGGAGUUUCAGUAGAGGCAUUCACAAAACCAAAAUUUGGCAAAGAUCAUAGGUUAUAAAAGUCAGUGAUUAUUUGAACAGCCCUCGCACCAAUCUGAUGGACUCAACGUGAUAUUGGCAUUAAACCCUCGUUUUCAAUGCCGCUUUUAAUAAGCACCCUAGAGGAUGAUCGAUUGGUUGUUGCAUCAUAUUGACAGGAACUAAAUCCUCAGCUUAAAUGUGUGUGUAAUUAGGAUGGGUUAUGUGUAAAUGCCUGACGUA